GAGAUCAUGAGAUUAGUAUUUUUACCAGUUACAUUGCUUUGUUUGAAUUUUCAGUUAAUUAAGAACCAGCUGACAGCUCGAAACAAAAUUCUCAGACUGGAUUUAUAGGGAUACUGGGUAUAAUACUGCUGUAUCAAAAUAGUAAACGCAUGGUAGUGAUUGGUGGAGCCAUUUAUUAUAAUGGAAAGCAAAGAAGUCUACAUCAAAAAUCUAGAAGGGUUCACAUACCGCAACCUGCAGCAGAUUGCAAAAACAUUAAGUCUGCCUUCAAACUUCAAGAAAGUGUACUUGAUAGAACUCAUCAUAGCCAAGAAGUACAAAUCGGAAGCAGAGGUACAGAAUAUCAUAGAUAGAGUUCGCCAGGAGCGACUCAAUCAAUCAAAAGGCAAAAAGAGAUCAAGAGGCAAACCAAAGAAAACAAAGGCUCAAGGCCAAGCUCAAAAGACACUCGCAGCAAGAAAUGAGGUAUCUUACUCUCCACCAAUCUCAGAAACACCCAAACGCCUUAGCUCUUACAGGCAUGAUAGCCCGGACAUAUUGGCAAUAACCCCUAUUAACCCCAAGAGGAAUUUAUUGGACACCGUAAACCCACACAACCGAAAUUCAAAUGUAGCAGCUACCGACAGAGUGUUACGCAGCUAUUCUUUGCAGUCUGAGAGACCAAACUAUGAGCUGACCAGUGAUAUACAAGAGUUGAAAACUCAGUGCUGCUCCAGUACAAACACUAAACUAAAAGUUAUUGAGCAAACCACCAAAUGUUACGUGAGGAAACGUAAGGCUGAUGACUUACUCAAACCAAACUUUUUAAUUUCGAAUGGUGGGGAAACCGCACAAGCUAUUGUGCCAGCGAAUCGUCAAAUAAUGUAUCCCGGCCAGUCCGAAGAAAUAGUACCCAGAAUCCUGAGUACCAAAAAUGUCAGCAUACGUAGAAGUGACGGUAGUUACACACAAAUCAAUGCAGUGAUACAAAAACGUAACGCUAUAUCUCCAAAGAAAAAUAACUACAACACAAAAAGUCCAGAAAUAACUUCACAGGAUAAAACGGAUGUGAACAUAUCCGAGGAUUUGAUAAAUUCAGAUAAUAAUAAUUGUUUCAAUAUCAUUAAAUAUCCUGAUGCUACAGGUAUCAGUCCCAUAAAAUGUACAGGCACAAAAAUGAUUGGUAAUAAUAAUCACAAAGAAAACUCCUCUGCAUCUGAUAUCCAACUAGUAGAUUAUGAAAAGACACGAGAAAAGCAGUCGAAAGAUCAGAGGAAUGUACCGUUGCCCAAAAUAUGUGAUGUUUUCCCACAGUUCAGCUAUAUGAGAGAUCCUACACAGCCCAUAUAUGUACAAGUCGGUUCAGAGGCUAUUUAUAAUGUACCAAGUUAUCCAACAAACGUGGACCGCAGCACCAUCGACACGCCGCUGGAACCUCUGUUCAAUAUGCAAACAAAAACGCCACCUCGGCAAAGCAAUGUUGACAACACCAGCCUUGUUUUCACUGUACAAACUGUUCCUACUGCCACCACGCUCCCAGACCCGGCGGGGCCCGCUGGAGGUGCUUUGAAUGUUACUUCGCCGCUGGUGGAUGAUAACAAUAAUGACAAUCCUGAUUUGAACAUGUUCAUUCAAGAGUUCUCGCAGCUAUGCGAUCCUAAAAUGACAGAUUGGAGCUCUUCAUCAAGUGACAUGCCGAAUGCGACGUACACCCUCUCCGAGAAGUUUGAGCAUGCGCUUGAGAUCAUCUGCAACGACUCAGACUACAUGGAGAGUAUUGGUAUGUCCGAACCAGUCGAAUGCGUGUUUUGCGGUUGGGCCGGACCCAUACUUAUGCUAGAUUGCCAUAUUCGAAAGGAUCACGCGUGCUCGAUAUACAAGAUGGACAAGAGCGAAUGGAACAUUACCUAUACCCUCAAGAGUAUAAUACAGUGUGGCGUCUGGCUCCACAGAGUGAUAGAGUACGAUCAAACACUCUACCUGCUCAGCGUCAAGUACGAGCGUCCUGGCUUCUUCGUGGCCACGUUUGCGUUACUAUCGCUGGACCUAUUGGUGCCAAACGAAAAUAUUGUUACGAUGACCUUAUUCAACAAACGCACUGGAGAGCCGUUCUCGUGGACCGGCGACGUGCCCAACUUCCCUCCCGGCUCGCCGAGCGAUGAUGGCGCGAACGGCCUCAAAAUAAAACUCAAUCUACUCGACUUAAAACCGAAAAAAACUCCCGUCUCAUACGACGACAUACACGUUACAGUAUUCGUCGAGAUUUCUAAUAAAAAAAAUACCAAAAGUUCCUUAAACUAACAUAAAAAUUAUUUUUACACACUUUUUGUUACUUAUGCUUAUAUGUUUAUUUGCUAUGUUAACUAUGUUUGCUUUGUUUACUCUACGGGAAUACCUGAUUGUUAAAAAAUGAACGAGAGCCUAGAUUUACUGCCAAAUCUACGAAAAAAUUACUAUUUAGUUCAACUAAAUCAAUACCUUUAAUAAAUUUCCUAUUAUAUUAAAGGUAUUUCUACUAAUAUUUUUAUAAAUAUUUAUACCAGUGAAUACUCAUUUAUUAUAUUUGUAUAUUUAAAUCUACAAAAAAUUAACUAUUUAUUUCAACUAAAUAAAUACCUUUAGUAAAGUUUCUGUUAUACUAUAGGUAUUCUUAGAAAUUACUUUAAUUUUUAUAAAUAUUUAUAUCAGUAAAUACUCAUUUAUUGUGUUUUUAUAUGUAAGUCUACAAAAAAUUAACUAUUUAGUUCAACUAAAUAAAUACCUUUAGUAAAGUUUCUAUUAUAUUAUAGGUAUUCCUGAAAAUAUAAGUCAUAUUUUUAUAAGUAUUUAUAUGAGUAAAUACUCAUUUGUUACAUUUAUAUAACUAUAACUCAUAAGUAUGCCUACUUAAAAGAAAAUUAUGUGAAGGAGCACUUAUAACUAACUUGUUAGUUGUUUAGAUUUAACCCACGCCUCCGAGAGGGAAUAUUUUCUCAGUUUAUGGUGAUUUCGACUAUAUUUAAGUAUUUAAAUAUGGUGGUUUGAGGGGAAACAAAUCCUUUAUAAAAAAAUAUUUACAUAUUUAAUUUAUAUAUAUAAGCGUUUCUAAAAGUGUUGAUUUUUGUGUUCCUUUUUCAUCAAUUAAGAAUCAUGUUAUUUCUUUUUGUUACUUUUGAUUUUUAUAUUAUAAUUAGUACGUAAGUUAUUUGAAUAAGAAUAAAGAUCUCUUUUUUACCUCGAUUUUGUACCUGAAUAUGAUUAAAUAGUAAUAUAUACUUAUACCUACUACAUAGGUCUAGGUAUAAAUUACUAAAUAGUAAAAGCCAAAAAUUCAUGUGCCAAUUGUUUUUUAUUUGUUACAUUAUCUGAGGUAAUUUAUAAAUAUUUUCAUAAGGUCAAGUACUUUUUUUUUUGUUUUCAUUUAAAGUUAUAGAUUGUGAUUUGUUUCACUAUUUAAAUUUCGUUUGUUUCAAAAAGAAAACAUCACUAUUUUUUCAGUCUAAGAUCGAACGCACUUACAAAAUUCUUCUAGUUUGUCGCGGUUACAAAAAUUUUCGGUAUUUUUGAAAAAAAACCGGCGAAAAAAAAACCGGCGAAAAAAACAAAACAAAUUUAGAGUUUAGAUUUGUCGGGUUAAUUUAAAUUAGGGAUUCUUAACACUUCUAACAGAAGUACCUACUUAUAAAAAUAAAAAUGUUUUUUACGUUUAUAUUGUUUUGAAAUAAAUCUUUGAAAAAAGUUUGAAAAUU